GCAAGGCACCACGGCAGCCUGGAGGCACGGCUGCGGAGAACUUGACACUUUCCAGACCCCAGCCAGCAUGGUUGACCUGAAUCCAACGACUUUGGGAGUUUAUCUUCAGCUUUUCUUCCGCUUUAUCGUGUCCCAGCCUACUUUCAUCAACAGUGUCCUCCCAAUUUCAGCAGCAACCAACAUAAGCACAAGCGUGACUGUGUGUUGGGAGCUGGCGACAGCUGAAGGAGAGGCCUCGUGGCUGCUGACAGCUUUCCACCAUAAACCAGCUGGGGGUGAAAAAGGUGACUUGGGUCUGAUGGGCUUGCCAGGGUCAAGAGGACCAAUAGGCUCCAAGGGCUACCCUGGAUCCAGAGGGGAGAAGGGAUCUAGAGGUGAAAAGGGUGACUUGGGUCCCAAAGGAGAAAAGGGCUUCCCGGGACUUCCUGGAAUGUUAGGGCAGAAAGGUGAAAUGGGUCCAAAGGGUGAGCCUGGUAUAGCAGGACAUCGGGGACCCACAGGAAGACCAGGAAAAAGAGGCAAGCAGAAGAAGCGAGGCAGCCACAAAGCAUGCUGCCUGCUGACACCCCCUCCGCCCCCGCUGUUCCCGCCACCACUCUUCAGAGGGGGUCGAAGUCCGGUGAGUACCUUAGGACGCGUGAGGGAACACAAAUGCGGGCCCCUCGUUGCCCACCACACUGCCCACCCUGCCCCCCGCACCCCUCAGAGACAACUUGUAAUGGGACCCAAAGGGGAGCGAGGAUUUCCCGGGCCUCCAGGACGAUGUCUCUGUGGAACCCCCAUGACUGUGAAUAACCCUGCUUAUGGGGAAUCCGCACAUGGGCCCAGCUCCCUGCGAGUUCCUGCGAUUUUUGUGGUCAACAACCAGGAGGAGCUUGACAGGCUGAACACCCAAAACGCCAUUGCCUUCCGCAGAGACCAGAGAUCUCUGUAUUUCAAGGACAGCUUUGGCUGGCUCCCCAUCCAGCUGACUCCUUUCUAUCCUGUGGACUACGCCAUAGAGCACCGCGGCUCCUGUGGGGAUGGGGUCCUGCAGCCCGGGGAGGAGUGUGACGACGGGAACAAUGAUGUGGGUGACGACUGCAUCAGCUGUCACCGGGCAUACUGUGGAGAUGGCCACCGGCACAAGGGCGUGGAGGACUGUGAUGGCUCUGACUUUGGCCACCUGACGUGCGAGACCUAUCUCCCUGGGUCAUACGGGGACCUCCAGUGCACCCCGUACUGCUCCAUCGACUCCACGCCCUGCCGCUACUUCACCUGAGGGCUCCAAGAGCAGGUGGGCUGCAUCCCACACACCUGCAGCAACUUCUCCACCCUCAUUCAACUGACCGCGCACUGUCCUGGUCCAGUUUCCAUCACCUUCAUGCAAGAAAAACAAGGAUAAGCUCUUGCUGCUAAGACGUGCUUUUAACUCGGUCCGACUGGAAGAACUUAGGACCACUGCAUCCUGUCUUAAUCCAAAGUACUGGAAAACCUCCACAUGCCCAGCCCGGGGACUGUGUUUGACCCACCGCUCCCUUCGGGCCAGGAGCUGAGCUACAGGGCCUGUUCUCUCCCCGCGUGUUGUCCACCCAGGCUGUGGAAUGGCUUAGCACUGUUAGACACACGUAGACCUGCGGGCUGUUUGUUCUCAUCCUGUUGGGGGGCAUCUGGGGUACAGGCCUCUCGGUCCCUCUAACCUCUGGAAACGUGGGCAUUCUCACCAGAACAGCUGGCUGCCGGGUCUCUCCAGGCCUGUGAACCAUGCAGCAGAGAAGGCGACCCAUUCCCUAGGGGCGGCUCCCAGCUCUGCACCUGCUGAAGGACCUCUCAACUGGCCACAGCCCAGCACAGCCUCAUGUGGACAUCCCCCAACAAGAGACCCAACUGUGAAGAAGUACUGAGAAAGCAACCAGACCCACACUGUGCCCUGGGUGGAGGGCGGAGGCUCAGCUUCGGUGCCUGCCAUGCUGACAAAUGCAGAGCAGUGGCUUUCUGCUUCUUGACGUUUCCCAAAGGGGCAGCUCUUGUGGCUUUGCCAUCCCAGGCACCAUCUUGCCCUUGUGGUUCUCUGCAUUUUUGACCUCUGUCUCUCCAACGCCCCUCAUGUGCGUUUCUUGUUCAGGAGAUUUGCUGGCAAAAGGUGACCCGAGUCCAGGCCCAGGCAGGCUGUCGGUGUUUCCUCAGUCCUGAGGAGAACCCCACCCUGAGUGUCCCAUCUGACACCCCACCACUUCUAGGCAGAGACGGUUUCUGUCCUGAGCUCCAGCCCCUGGCUGCCUGCUGGCUCCUCCUACAAGAGCCCUGUGACCUCCCUCUGUGUCCCUGUAGAGUAGCUUGGUCCUCGUGUCCAUGUGCCUGAGCCCCCCACGUGUCUACAGGAUCGUUGGCCUGCAUGUCUGUGAGCUGCCUUUCAUCACCAUCUUUCCUGAGUGGGACUUAGCUUUGUUUUGAAAAGAUGUCUUCCCCACAGCAGACCUCAAAUGGGAUGGAGGGACACUCCUGGGCUUUUUUACAAAGCUAUUUAACGUGGCUAAGUCUUGGGGACUCAGCAGACAGGAGCUUCUGGCCCAGCGGGCCAUCAUGCUGGUGGCCUCUAGUGGAUGGGGUCAGCCCGAAGGUGGUGUCUUCAGAGGUAGGCACGUUGGUCAGCUUGGUUUCCUCAACCUCCACUGCAAGUCCUGGGGCGAUGCUGCUCCCAUGUAAAGCCGCCACCUUCAUACUGGGAUCUCCGGGUGGGAAAUAAGAAAUAAAGAUAGUUCUUUUCCCCCACUGUGGCUCCCUCUUCCCUGGGGGUCUGGGGUUAGUGUCCAGCAUUGCUGAAUGGAAUGAGGGGUCUGAAUUCAAGUCUUCUUCCCAGCUCUGCAGAGGAUUCUAGAAUUUGGAUGCAUUCCCACUCCCUCAGGGACAAGGGAGGAAACUGAGGUUCAGAGACGUGGAGGGACUUGCCCAAGGUCACAAAGCCCAGCGUUGCUUACCCAGGCCCACCCCAGCCUUGUAUUAACAUGUGGUUUAGGACAGACUGGAGAUCCGGUACUGCCCUGGGCCCGGCUGAGAAGACCCCUGUCCUGGGUCUCACCCCUUGGAAGGCAUUCAUCU